GUGACGACGUAUGGAAGGAUGGAUGAAGAUGUUGAUUUGGAAGAAGCGUUACAAAGUGAUGUCUUAUUCCAAGAAUUAUUGAAGAAUGAGAUUUUUGAUGACUAUUUUAAUACGUUCUUAUCUUUGCCAAUAUUCGCUCGACGUUUGAUGUAUCGAAGGGAUAAUGGUUUGUUUGAAAUCGAACCUCCAGUGAAAAGAACCACACACCAUCUUCUUCAUGACAAAGUAAUUUCUUGGAUUAGAAUCCAUCGUGGUCCGUAUUUUCUCAAAACAUCAAUUUGCAAUGAAUACAGGUUGUGUAGGGUGUUAGCAGCGUUACCUGUCUGUUUUAAAUAUGAAUCUGUCAGUAACGAAGAACUUCACCAACUUCAAAAGAAAUAUUUAAGUAAAGUGAUUGAUAUACAACGUCUGAAGAAAUACUUUAAUGGAUCUAUAGGAGAGUAUCUUUUACAAUUUUGGUUAGAUGCUGAAAGAUAUAGAAGACAGGUUCCUGAAAAUUGUCGGAAAUUUGUUCUGCGUGAAAUUCAAAAGAAGUUUCUUACCGAGGGUGCAACACAUGCACUAAAUAUUUCGCUUUUUGAAAAAAUAAACUCGCAUUUGAAAGAAAAAAUGGAUAAAAGUGCAAAGAAUCUCUCCACCAUUUUAAUCUCUCCUCAACAGAUAGUAAUGAAGAAUUUAAUGGAGUACUGGAUACCUAAAUAUAUCAUACAUCGUCUGCGAAGAAGAACUACAGCAGUUAGCAGAUGGGGAAAAUUAUUGAAAGCGAAGGAUAAGUUACCAACAGAAGUGGGCGGAGAUGAAUCUGGUGAAAAGCCUCAUCUCGUUACCGCAGUGAUAAAUGAAAUGAAAGAGAAAAUGAAAAAGAAAAAUGAAGAACUACGUCAGAAAAAAUCCUCGCAGAAACCAGAAAUUUCCGCUCCUGUGCAUGGCCACGUCACAUCAACGUCCAGCAGCAGCGGAGAAGAAGACGAAGAAGUUUAUAAAGAGAAUGGUAACCAGCAAAGGAAACAAAUUCUGAAUUCAAUCAAAAAUAAACGAGAAAAACAAAAAGAAAUGGAAGAUGCUAUUAGUGAUUUAACAAUAAUAAAAAAUGGAGUUAGAACAAAAAGCAAACUUGUCCGUGGAACAAAUCCGCAAUACUUUAAUUUGACUGAUUGUGCUUUGCUCAACAAUUUUCGACCGCCGACGCGAAAUCAAAAGGCUGAAUGCGUCCUGCAAUCAAAGAAAAACCUAUCUACGAGUCUUAUUUUGUUUAUAUAUCAUUAUUUUUUAAUAUCGAAGUGUGGUAACGAGUUAGAUUUUUUUUAUUCUAGAAACAUAAGAAACCUACUAACCAAAACGUUUUAA